AUAAAUAAAUUGAAACUGAAAGGUUUAAGAACCACUGAUUUAGAUGAUGAAGCUCCUUUUUCACAGAUUUCCAGUCGUACUCUCACCUCUUCGAAGACACCAGGACAGAUUGCAAGAGUAGCCCAAGUACUCUUUGUCUCUCUCUCUCGAGAAAGAGAGACAUGUGUGUGCCCGAGCGCUCCCUCUAGUGGAGGAAGCCCCUUCCACCGAGCAGCGACGUGAGAGCGAAAUUGCCUGGCUGCGCAUUUCCCUUUAAUACAUUCGACUCCAGAGCGGCGUAAUCGAUACAAAUUUGAAUCGAAAAUCGAUUUCGACUCUUAUCUCGUGCGUGGGGCAUAGGGUGGCCCUCACGAAUCGAUUCUACAGGUAGGAAGGGAAUCAAGUGACAUCGAUUCCUGCAACCACAUUCGCUCCGGGAGUCGUGCAGUGAACCAACCUGCACGCAGCACCAUGACCGCGUCUAAACUCAACAGCCCUGUUGACGACUCCGUCGAGGCUGUGUUGUUAUGUGUGCACCACCGCUAACGCGGCACCAAGCAGCAGCAGCAGAUCCGCGCCUCACGUUGUGAAACAUCAAAAUUGCGUGGAAUCGAAUCAACACGCGUUGUUAUCGCGCUCUCUCUCGAAUCGAUUCCUCAACACAUGGCGGCCACGCUUCCCACGGCGUGCGCGCGGUCGCGCGAUCCCCGAAGACCCCGGCCGGCGGGGUCUUCGGGGAUCGCGGCUUCGGGGAUCGCGGCUUCGGGGAUCGCGGCUUCGGGGAUCGCGGCUUCGGGGAUCGCGGCUUCGGGGAUCGCGGCUUUCGCGGAAGGGUUGCGGCUGUCGGGGGCCCCGGGCUUCGCGGGCGCCGUGGGGCUCGCCCGGGUCCCCGACUCGGGCCUGGUGAGCGAGAGCUGCGUGCGGCACCUGGCGCUGUUCCCGCGCCACCUGGGCCGACUGCGCAGCGGCAUCGGGGAGCAGCUGGGCGCAGAGCUGCUGCGGUACUCGGAAAGCCUCAAGGGGGUUCCUCUCGCCUACGACAACAUCAAGCUCCUCAGCGGUCUCGGCGACCUCAUCGAUGAUCAGGGAUACAUCCACAUGGACGUCCAAGCGGACUUUGUGAUCUUCCGCCCCAAUCCAGGGGACAUCAUCAAGGGCGUGGUGAACAAGGUGGGCAGCGCACACGUGGGCUGCCUGGUGCACGGUUGCUUUAACGCGUCCCUGGCCUGCCCGAGCGACGAGCCCGGCGCGCCGUGGCAGGGGGCGCGGCUGGUCCCCGGCGACACCGUGCGCUUCACCGUGACGCACGUCGACUCUGACUGGGCUGGUGUCCUGCUCGUGCGCGGCUCCCUCAUCGGCCUCGGAGUUCCCGAUGAGAGUGAUGCCGAGCAAGCGAAUGGGGCCGUGAAACAGGAGCAUCAGGAGGUUCAGGACGUCCCGGUCGAGUACACAGACUCUGCGCCGAGCGAGAAGAAGAAAGAGAAGAAAAAACGUAAGAGAGAGGUCGGGGUAACGAUCAAGGUCGAGGAGACGAUGGAGGUCGAGGAAGUGGUGGAGCAUCGUCACAAAGAAAGAAAAAAGAAGAAAUCAAAAAGGAAAGGGGAAAGUGAUGGAGAAGAACCAAACUGUGACGGCGUCACCCGGCUUCCUGUGAAAGAGGAGCCUGAAGGUGAACUCUGCACGGAGAUUGGCAGUGUCGAAGAAGCUUGCACGAGCCAAAUCGAAGCUGCUGUUACCCCAGACCAUCAAAAGAAAAAGAAGAAGAAGAAGAGGCGGCGUGACAGGGUUGAGGAGGGGAGCACGGUGCCACUGAGCGACGGAUACAGCUACCUGAGCAAUGACGUGGGACAUGAGGCCAAUGGAACUUUGACCUCUGACCCAGAAGCCCCAAAGAAGGAAAAAAAGCGUAAGAGGAGCUCCGUUGAGGAGAUUUCGUUUUCAGAAUCGCCACUGCCUAAAUCCAAAAGAAGAAAGUGAGCUACACGGCACGGACUUCUCACGAUACCAAAGACAAUCGCCUCGGUGUGAGCCGUUUGCACCAGGAAUGCGUUGUCUGACCCUAGCCGUGUUCAUGCCUUUGCUUCGGUGACAGCCUGUGUCGAAUAACCACAUUUCGUUUGUUUUUGAUUACCGUGGUUGAAGCUACUUUUUAUUUAAAUUUGAGACUGUGAGUUUGAAUAAAAGUUGUAAACAUUUUUUUUAUAAUUGGUUGGAAAACCUACGUAUAUAUGUUUACAUUAAAGUGCACAGCAUCAACGGCUGUGUGUUGUAACGGCGUGCAGUGGUGUUCGAUGAACAAUACACACUUGUGAGCUGAGUAAGCUGUCCUUAUGUGAUACCCUGGCAAGUGGUUUAUAUGCCUGCGUAAAGUGC